UCGGGUUUGGUUCACCGUGAUCGCGAAGGUUCAACGAAUCCAAAGAUACCUUUCUUUUUUUCGAGCGAUGAAAACUGCCCGAGCGCCAGCCGCCCGAAGGCGCGCGGAGUGCCGCGGCAGAGGGUCCGUCAGAGUCCUGCCUGCCAGCUUGGCUGGCGGCCGGCCGCGCCGCGCCGCGCCGCCAGCCAGGAGCGCUUCUGCGCACCCGUUCUGCGCAGCGCGGCUCGGGCCUCGCCCCCCUCCACUGGCGAGCUGUGCUGUGUGUGUGUGUGAGCGCGGUGCGGCGUCGAGUCGAGAGAGGAGGACGAAGGCCUAGGGCCUGUAUUUUCUUGUAAAUAUUGUUGUUGGUUGAAUGAAAGGUGAGUUAAUUUAGGGUUUUUCACUUUGUUUGAAGUUUGUCCAUCACCGAUAACGCAUGUAAAUAUGCUGACAAUCGAAAUUGUUGUCCACAGAAUGCCGAAGUGUCCAACUAGGCGACGCUUUACCUCUGUGAAAGGGUUAACCCGAAAACGAAGAAGUAAUGAAAGUGUUACCUCAGAAAAUGUUUCAGGAACGUGUUCACCGUCUGAUGUGGGCGAGCCGUCUUCUGCAUCUUCUAAAGAUGAUAGUUCCUCAGAACAGGACUCAUAUGUUUCUCUUGAACAUGAUUACUGCCUCUCUGAUCAUGGUGUUUCGAACAACAAAGAAGAUAGUGCUGUACAUUCUCUUAGUACGGAAGAAACAGUGUCAGUGACUGAACUGCUCCUUGAAGCUCAGAAAAAAGUUUCACUAUUCCUUCCUGUGCGCUGGAUUUGUAUUGUGGGCAGGGACUUAUUACAUGUGCUGUGCUUGUCAGCUCAGAACAAUAAGACAGUGCAAAGGACACUCGAGUUUUCUCCUGGAGGUCAAACAGAGUUAUUUGUACAUUGUCAUCCUGUCCCUCUUGAUGAGUAUACUAGUGCAUUAGACCCUCCACUCCCACUUGAUUCUGAUAGUGUUAAUUUAUUUGUGGAUAGAGUUGUGUCAGUUGUGAACAAUGUGAAUGACCGUGAAAUAUGCAGUGGCUAUGAUGAUGAUCAAAAAUAUGAGCAUGUUUGGUCUCAAUGUCCUUUUGGUAAAAUUGAUGAAAACCCUUAUAGAGAGUGUAGGUAUGCAAAAACAUUUAGGUCAGUAACUUGUUCAAGAUUAAUCAAAGGCAGUAAGUGGCGAUGCACUGAGUGCUCCAAGCUCCACGUUCCCAUUCAGAGAAGAGUCAAAGCCGCUGCAAUGGAUCUCCGAAGUAAAUUUACUCCCAACAAGUUUCUUACCGAAGAGCAAAAACUGCAGAAGCUUGCAGAGCAGCGCAGGGAUAUUGACCUUGUCUCAAAGCAACUGAAACGCUCUCAAACAAAAAUGCAAGAGUUGAUUCAAAAGCAAGGUGUUUUUCUUGAAGAGUCUCUUUCAAAUGAUUUAACAGAACUUCUGAAAAACCACAACCUCACCCCUGCACAGUCUGUGUUUCUCCAGCAGCAAGUCAAGGCAUCUCAACAAAAAAAUGCCUCUGGUAUGCGGUGGCAUCCAACCAUGGUACGCUUUGCUUUGUCUUUACAUCUAACUUCUCCAGCCGCUUACAAAGUUAUGAGAGAAACUGGAAUGGUCAAGUUGCCCUCUAGCCGGACACUCUUUAAUUACUCCCAUGCAAAGCCUAUAGAAGAGGGCAUUGAUAAAGCAGUAUUAGAAAAAUUAGCUGCUGAUGUUGAAACCAUGUGUAAUAAAGUAAAUGAAUUAUCAGGUAAACAAGAAACUCACAAAAAAUAUUUUGUCUUGAUGGGAGAUGAGAUGCACAUCUCACAAAAUCUUGUUUUUCAAAAGUCAUCAGGUAAGCUUGUAGGCUUUACCACUCUUGACCAACUUGACAGGGAAGUUAAAAUAUUAGAGCAAUUAAUAGACAAUUGUGAUAAAGACUGUGAAGAGACUAUUGCUAGCAAAAUUAUGGUUUACAUGGUGAAAGGAGUAAGCAGUGGUAUAAAGAAAGUUAUUGCAACAUACGGUGUAGGUAAUAUGUCAGCAAUACAAAUGAAGAGAUGGACUUGGCAGGUAAUUGGAGCUUUAGAGAGGAGUGGCAUAGCUAUAGUGGCUUUUGUUUGUGAUGGGUCAAGCAUAAACAGAGCAUUCAUUAACUCUCACAAGCCAGCAACUCCACACCCUUCAGGAAUAGUGUUUGAUACUUGGAACAAGUGUGUAAGGAGUAGGAAACUUUAUUUCCUUUCUGAUGUGCCACAUCUGCUUAAAACAACCAGAAACUGUUUUCUGAAUUCUAGGUGGGAUAGGAAAAAAAGUAGGCGCCACAUGAUAAAGAACAGAAGCAGAAUUUCUUGGGAUCAUGUUAUAAAGCUCUAUGAAGCCAAGCGUGGUAAGACAUUGCGGAAGAGUUACAAACUGAAUGCCAUGAAUAUUUAUCCAGAUUCUUACGCACGCAUGAAGGUUAAAUAUGCUGGUCAAGUGAUGAGUAACACAGUCUCACUUGACUUGCUAAGUCAAGGGUGGCCAGAAGUUGUUGAAACCGCACACUUUAUUAAGAAAGUCAACGAUUGGUUCGACUGUCUGAACGGUGCUCACUCUUCAGUUGCUAAGAAGAAAAACAAUGCUUUGCUUGCACCUUACACCUCUAAAGAUGAUGAACGCUUUCAACUUCUGAGUGAAUUUUUAACUUAUUUGGAUGAUUGGGAGUCUGAAGCACGCAACCCUAACGCUUCCAUUUGUUCCAAUGCCACUGUUGACGAUUCAGUAGCCAACUUGGGUGAACUGGAAGAAAGUGAAAUUGAUGAAGGUGGAGCACUUCCAGAAGAAGAAACUCCUGCUACUAUGAGGACACUUAGUAAACAAACUAUAACUGGAAUCAAAAUGACAACUCUUGCAUUUGAACCUAUGGUUAAGUUUUUAUUAGAUGAAGGUGUCACAUUCAUCAAUGCUAGGGUCUUUUGCCAAGACCCUUUAGAACAACAUUUUGGCAAAGUGAGAGCGGGGCAGGGAGGAAGUACUAACCCGAACCUACACCAGUCACUCAAAAGAACUCGAGACCUGGAUACUAUUGGAGAUUUGGGUAUCAAGAAGAAAAAAGGAAACUCCGGUGAAUGUGAAGAUGUAGUUGAAGUGACAACUGAAAAGCUUCCAAAGAUAAAAUGCACUCACCACUCAAAGUUUCUGAACAUUGAUUAAUUUUUAAGUUCUAUGUCUGUGAUUACGAUGUAUCCCCACAUCUGAUUUGUGAUAAUUAACUAGUAAAAGGUUUCACUGUAAUAAUGAAACUUUUUUAAGAUACUCAUUUUAUUUGCGUCUGCAAUAUUAAUAAACAAUUCAAACAUGUUUCACAUAAAUGAAGCCUUAUUUAAGUAAUUAAAUCAUUAUCACAAUU